AUGCCGUUCAUCACCCCAAAGAAGAAAGUGCUGGAAGUGCCAGAGUCUUGGGACGCCUUUCCGCCUCCCCCGCCCGAAGCCGAUGAUUGGCAGCCACCUGAAGACGCCAUACCCAAGCCCGGAGGAGUCCGUGAUGCUCGGUUCAGCCAGGAUACGGCACCAGACGGUCGCAGCAAAGCGUACUUGAGAGAAGCAAAGAUGUACAGUAUGCUCGCGGACAAAGCUCUGUCUUCGGCCUCGGUGGGAAGCACUUCUCCUGCACCUGGACUGGGAAAGUGGCCGGCUCCGAUCUCUCGUGCACCCGGACCUGUCAUCUCCAGUAACGGCGAGUACGGUAAGUUCUUGAGCUCGAAGGGCGCAUCUGUGCCAACCUUGGGCUCACCCAACAGCACAUCCAAGAAGCAUCAGACUGUCAGCGGCACACCCAACAAGCACCAAACUGCCAACAACACGCCCAAUAAGCACCAUACUGUCAACGGCACACCCAACAAGCACCAGGCGGUCAAGUCGGGCGGCGUUGCUCUCCCAGACACAGCAGAUACUACGACUAAAGAUGUGUCAAAGGAGCAGCGCAGUCAGUCACCGCUUGUUGUGAGUAUUCCUGCUAUGCCUCUUCCUCACUCGGAGACGUCGAUGCCACCCUGGGCUGCACGUUUGGAGAAAGCUAUAGCGGAGGAUACUCGAAAGGCCUCUGCUGAGCCAGUUGUGGCUAUCGCUGCCCAAGUCCAAUCCGACAUCGUCCAGAGCUCUGCUCCCCAUCGUCAACCUGUACAGUCUGGCCAGGUGCAAGUCCGUCCCUUCGACCCAGCAGCGAAGAAGUCCAACAUUCCUCCUUCCGUGCCACCCAACGGCGACCAGCCUAGGACACUCACCAAACCUGCGACGGAUAGGCUGAAUGAGGGCGGUAUUUCUGUUGAUAGCCACGCCGCUAGUCCGGUCUCAGCCAAAAUCCAACCCGGCACUCAGCAAGUCGUCGGUGUAAACGAGGCAAUGCGCACACAGAAUUUCAAAAACCCCGUUUACGAGACCGCCGCCGGCAACCGGAAUUACGUUGAUCAUGAGCACAAAGUUAAAGUCAUCCUUAUCCGUGCAAUGGAGCACGAGUUGGAUCUCUAUAGCGUGGCAACCGAACGCGAGUUGAUGCGUAUGAGUCGUACCGACCUUGACAGGUACUACGAGAAAGUCUUCUCCGCACACCAGGGCUGGUGGGAGGCCAAAACGGGAGCUUAG